AUGACAGAAAAGUGGAGUGAAUCAUCAUCACUACAUAAAAAUACUCCUUUGGGAGCAGUAGAACAUAAGGAGACUUCUGAUUCUGAAAAUAAAUACCAUUUUUACGCAGAAGACACCAACGAAACUAACAUUAUGGAUGAGACAGAUCUGCCAGGAUAUCUAUCAAAGCAAUACCUACCAUUGUAUGGUAUGUGUUUCAUUGUUUAUCUUUGCUCUACUAUGCAAGGUUACGACGGGUCUUUGAUGGGGUCUAUCUAUACUCAAAAGGCGUAUUUGAACUAUUAUCAUCUAGAUGUAAAUUCAUCAACAGGCACUGGCUUGGUGUUUUCUAUCUACAAUAUCGGUCAAAUUUGCGGUGCUUUUUUUGCUCCUAUUAUGGACUGGAAAGGAAGAAAACCAGCUAUUUUGAUUGGAUGUUUCGGUGUUGUUGCAGCAUCAGUAGUGACAGCAGCCACAAGUACAAAGAGUGCUUUGAUUGGAGGUAGAUGGAUGUUAUCUUUCUUUGCUACAAUUGCUUGCUCGGCUGCACCCGCCUAUUGUGUAGAGGUUUCUCCUAUGCAUUUGAGAGGGAAAGUUGCUGGACUUUAUAACACUCUAUGGUAUGUCGGUUCAAUUGUUGCCGCAUUCACGACUUACGGUACCAACAAAAACUUUCCUAACUCCUCCAAAGCUUUUAAAAUUCCAUUAUAUUGCCAAAUGAUCUUCCCGGGUCUCGUUUGUAUUUUCGGUUGGUUACUCCCUGAGUCCCCUAGGUGGUUGGUCGGUGUUGGUCGCGAGGAAGAAGCCCGUGAGUUUAUUGCAAAGUAUCAUUUCAAUGGUAACAGGGAACAUCCUUUAAUCGACUUCGAGAUGUCGGAGAUCAUCGAGUCAUUCCACGGCAUCAAUAUGUCCGCUCCGUUGGAGGUCUUAGACCUAAGACCCUUGUUUAGAAAGAGAUCUGACAGAUACAGGUUAGGAUUGGUCAUCGCUAUGGCAUGGUUUGGUCAGUUUUCCGGUAACAAUGUCUGUUCCUACUAUUUGCCUACCAUGUUAACAAGUGUUGGCAUGAAAUCAGUCUCGGUUAAUGUGUUGAUGAACGGUGUAUACUCAAUUGUAUCUUGGGUUGCAUCCAUAAUAGGGUCCUUCUGUCAUGAUAAAGUGGGAAGAAGAAAGAUGUUUAUGAUAUCCACUCUAGGCGCGGCUUUAGCGUUAUCAGGAUUGGCAAUCUGUACAGCACGUUAUCAAGCCGGUAGUAAAGGAGCUUCUAAGGGAACAUUGGUCUUCAUUUACUUAUUCGGAGUUAUUUUCUCGUUUGCAUUUACUCCUAUGCAGCCUAUCUAUCCCUCUGAAGUAUCAACCAAUUUGAUGAGAUCUAAAGCUCAAUUAGUAAACAAUGUCGUCGCUGGCGUGGCUCAGUUUGUUAAUCAAUUUGCAGCUCCAAAAGCUAUGAAAAAUAUCAAAUAUUGGUUCUACGUUUUUUAUGUGUUUUUUGACAUCUUCGAGUUUAUCAUCGUUUACUUCUUCUUUGUCGAAACCAAAGGAAAGACUCUUGAAGAGUUGGCUGCUGUAUUUGAGGCUCCAAACCCAAGAAAAGCAUCUACUGAUCCGGUCUUUGCUGCUCAGGUCAGAGAGCAGAUGGCUAAAGAAAGUGAAAUGAGAGGUAUAGAAGCUGAAAAGGUAAGAAGCACCCAUUUUGAAGAGGUUGAUUCACUAUCAGUUUGA